AUUUAAUCAGCUUGGGCUUCCAGAGCCUCCACCUCAGGAGCAGGGAAGGCCGUGCACCCAGGCACUUGGGGUACAAAUGCUCCCAGAGCUGCACCCCUGCCUUACCAAUCAUUAAUCACCCCAGGAGAAGGAGCAAGCGGCAAGCAGGAAAAGGCCGGGUGUCCACAGCCCCCACGGGAGCAGCAGGAAGCAGCACUGACCGGUUCCCUGGGGUGGCAGCUCAUUCUCUGACCACCCUCCCCUGGGAGGCCCUGUGGAGGUGGCCAGUCCUGCACACUGCCCUUUCCUUCAGGAAGGUCACUCAGUCCAGGGAACAAGAGGCUCUGCCUGUUUCUGGGAGCCGCUGGGCUACGUGUGAGGUGAGGGUUUUGAAGAGGAGUUUCUGUCUGGCUGUACCGCAGUCUUCAUCUCUUCGCCAUGCAGCACAAGGCAUUUUGGAGCGCCCUGGAGUAUACCUGCCGAUUGCUGGGCAUCUCCACUGCAGCAGUGCUGAUCGGUGUGGGUGUAGAAACUCUGCAGCGAGGACAGUUCAAAAGCCUGGCUUUCUACCUGCUUUUUUCAGGGGUUGCAGUUACUGUCUGUGAAGGCUUCUUCUUUAUCAGUUUGUUCCUGGAGAUGUGCUUCACUCACAAGCCUGAAUCCCUGGCACAGGCCUGCUGGAAGCGAGCUAGACACCCAGGGAGCUUCCAGAAAUUCCUGGGGUACACGCUGCUCUCAGUGGCUUGCUUCCUUCAUCCUGUCCUCGUCUGGCAUGUCACCAUCCCUGGGUCCAUGCUGGUGCUCACUGCCCUGGCCUACUUCCUGCUCAGCAAGAGGAGCAAGAGCCCAGGGCACAAAGAGACACAUCCCCAGGGAGGCCAGUACGUGGACCCUUCAGCAACUGAGGCAGCCCCAACCGUCAUUGGUGACACUGAGCAGACCUACACCUUCCACGGAGCCCAGAGGGAGCAGCACCGCUCGCUUCUGGGCCAUAUGAAGAGCAUCCUGAAGGGCAGCAAGGACAGGAGCUCAGCCCCAGAAACUCCUGUCCAGCCAGCAGCUGUGCCAGUCCCUCGCAAGCAAGUGCACUUUCAGGAGAAGGUGGUGCAGAUCAUCCCCUCUGUCAGCGAGAGCUUGGAGGAUGUGGAGAGUGAGGCUGAGGAGACCACAUCGGACACAACACCCAUCCUCACCCCACCUGAUGCCCCCAUCAUCAUCGCCCCUCUCAGCUCUGCUGGCCUCUUUUGAGCCCACAGCAGGAAUGAGGACAGGACAGACCUGCCACCUUGGAACAGAUGCUCCAGCAGCCACAGGGCCCCAGGAGGUGGCUGUUUUUGCCUUCCGUACUUUCGGGGUGACUCUCCAAGGGGCUGCCUGCACUCCCUGGCCCCACGCGCUGUGGCAGGCCCAGGCGACAGGCGGUGCUUCAGCCAGGGCAGCGCCAGCACAGCGAGCGUUCUGCUGCCACGGCCUCACACGUGUGUCACCCCUCUGAGCACUGCUCACCACUGCGGUGCUCCUGCCCAACACCACAGCCGUGCUGUGCCCCUCUUCUGGCAGCAACAGGCGGGAGGAGGGGAGACCUCGGUGCCCCGGAGCAGCCUCUGCUGGGUCCCCCGUGUGCCUCUGGCCCUCAGAGCACAUUGCAGAGCUCAGGGCUGGGCCGCAUCCAGCGCAGGGCGCUGCAGCCCGCAGCUUCCCUCACAGCACCUGCACCCGCUGCAGCAGCUUGAGACAUGUAAAACCUGUUUCCGAGCUGGGCUGAGACCAAGCAUACCCCUGGCAUUAGCACCUAUUAGUACCUCCCCAGGCCCUCUCUGAGCCCAGCAGGGAAAUCAUCUCUGGCCUUGGAGACACCUAAGCAGGAGCAGAGGCCUUCCAGGUGUCCCCUGCUUGGACAGCCCUCUUGAAUUAGAACUUUGGGAUGAUAUGGCAGCCCAGGUCCUGAGAUUCAGCAGCACGCUGGCACAGCAGACGGUGUGUGACUCCAAUGUGUGUAAUUAUGGCCCCCAGAGGGCAAAGGCAAUAAUAAAAUUACCAUACUGUCCCA